AUGGCAAGCGCAGAGUUCAGUAGUCCUUUGAGAAAAUACAAGUUGGUCUUCCUUGGAGAACAGAGUGUCGGAAAGACAUCCCUCAUCACUCGUUUCAUGUAUGAUACGUUUGACAAUACAUACCAAGCUACUAUCGGUAUCGAUUUCUUAUCGAAAACAAUGUAUUUAGAAGACAAAACUGUGCGUUUGCAAUUAUGGGAUACAGCAGGACAAGAACGUUUCCGUAGCUUGAUCCCUAGUUAUAUUCGUGAUUCAUCUGUCGCUGUUAUUGUCUAUGACAUUUCGAAUCGCCAAUCCUUUAUGAAUACAUCCAAGUGGAUUGAUGAUGUUAGAGCUGAAAGAGGCGAUGAUGUUAUUAUUGUGCUCGUCGGAAACAAGUCUGAUUUGAGCGACAAGAGAGAGGUUACGGUUGAGGAUGCCGAGAAGAGAUCCAAGGAACUAAAUGUUAUGUUUAUUGAAACAAGUGCCAAAGCAGGCCACAAUGUCAAGACUCUGUUUAGAAAGAUUGCUCAGUCUUUGCCUGGUAUUGAUGGUAACAGCCAGAAUGAACAAAAGGAUUCCAUGCAAAAGAUCAACCUCAACACAGCAGAAACCGAAGCAAGUGGAUGUGCUUGUUAA